UCUGUGCUGCUGUCAGUGAUCUGUGCUGCUGUCAGUGAUCUGUGCUGCUGUCAGUGAUCUGUGCUGUCACGUGUGAUGCGGACGUGCGCUGAAACGGUGACUUUAGAUUCGUGAUUAGUUGAAUUUAGACCUUUAGUGGAAACCGACGAGCUACGCAAUCUGUGACGAGAAGAGGCUCAACUGCAGCGAGCUAACGGCUCGCAUCAUCUCAUCGGACCCAGCGGAGCGGCAUUCCGUAACUAUGUCAGCGCCCGCGGCGGAGACGACACUGCUGCCGUCUGGCGGGAUGACAGCAGCGCCGCUGGACGGUCGCCUGCUGCACUAUGUGGAGCUGAGUCCCGAGAUGGAGAUACUGCUGAACCCGCUCGCCUGGCCGAAUAACUGGAAUGAGUUCCUGAUCCGGCAGUUUGGGUUCACUCUGACGGACCUCAUCGCCUUCAUGGUGUUGUCGUUCUUCUUUUGGAAGGUGCUGGUUCUGUUCAUCCUGCCAGGGAUCUAUUUCCGGGUGAUGCUCUACACGGACGAGAUGGAGGCCGACUCGGACCGGCGACCGGACCGGCGGCGCCACCACCUCGGCUGGAGCCUGGCUCAGGUGAUGGAUGCGGUCUUCACCGCCGGGAGGAGCGCCUGACACAACGACGACAUUGGGCCGUUCUAACGACCCAUCACGUGAGCUGCCGGGGAAGGGGCCGAGUCGGGAUGCGGGUCACCCGUUGAGAUUGCCGUUGUGUGUAUUUGCGUGCGUCGAUGGGUCCCGAUUUAUGCAACGAUUUCGCUGUGUCAAGUUUGCUAGCAAAUGGAUUUGUUCAAAUAUGAACAUGCUUUCAUCGAAGCAAACGAGAACGUGUAAUAAAUGUACCUUUAUA